AUGAGGAAUUUGGUAGAUUGGAAGGAUGCAGACCAAGUGAGGUCAACAACAGGUGAAGUAGAAACAGAUGUCUUUCCCAUGCUGAGGAAUUUUCACAUUCAACAUUGCCCACAACUGACCAAUCUUGCAUGCUCGUGUAAAAUUCUAGUCGUGGAGUAUUACGGCAAUCUAACAAGUAUAAAAAUGGGUUACGACACUGCUUCUGUUGAGGAGUUGAGUAUCCUUUCUUGCGACAAUCUUAGGGAGCUGCCAAGAGAUGUGUUUGGAUCAAGUUUGCAGCUAUUGCGCAUCUCAGAUUGCCCGAGAUUAAUUAGUCUAGGAGUAAAUGGACAGAAAUGCCCCCUUACAUGUCUUGAGCGAUUGAGCAUUGAUUAUUGCUACGGGUUGACCACUAUAUCUGACAAAAUGUUCGAGUCAUGCCCAUCUCUGCGGUUCCUGUCGGUUGGGUAUUGCCGCAAUCUGGUGUCAUUUUCACUUAAUUUGCAGGAGACGCCUUCUCUCGAGGAAUUCAGCUUAUUCGAAUGUCCCAAAUUGAUCCCUCAUAGGUUCAAAGGAUUUGCUUUUGCCACCAGCUUAAGAAAAUUGAGCAUCGGUCCCUUCUCCUCAGAUGACUCCUCAAUGGAUGGUUUUGAUUGGUCUGGCUUGGUAAAUGCAUCAACACUCCGUGAGCUUCAAUUACGAGGCUUGCCUCACUCGGACUCCCUGCCACACCAGCUUCAAUACUUGACUACCCUCCCUUCACUAAGUCUCUUCAACUUUCGAGGAAUAGAGGUGCUACCACAUUGGAUUGGAAACCUUGUGUCCCUUGAAACCCUAAAGCUAUGGUUUUGCGAAAAGCUUCAGUCUUUACCACCCGAGGCUGCCAUGAGACGACUCACAAAGUUAACUCGUGUCGAAGUUUGUGGGUGUCCUCUAUUAAGACAACGAUACACUCCCCAAAGAGGCAUCUACUUGGAGGAGUAG